CUCGAGGUCGCUUCACGUGCUCUGGCCGCGGGGGGCUUUCAGAGGGGGGAAUCUUUUCCACGCUCCUCCGCGUCGUCCAAAGAAGUCAGCGCCAGGCGAAGGGAGGCACCCACUCCGCCAACUGAGAGCAAAGGCGCGCAAAAAGGGAAAGCUUGGGACUCUUCCCCACCUCCUUCCAGAGGGAACCAGCAACGACAACCGCCAGCCGCUCUCCGCCUCACGCUCGGGCUCCGCCAUUCCGCCAGAACCCUCUGCAUACUGCUGAGGGCAGCUGGUGGUAGCCAGGGCGCGAGCCCCGCUGCUUUUCCCCCUCCCUCGCCGCGCCUCGCCUCGCCGCGCUUGCCCGUUUGUGACCCCUCAGCCUAGACGCGCCGCGGAGAGGAGAGGCGAGGCGAGGGCGAGGCGAAGAGGGCAUUUGGGGCCGGCGGCGGAGACAAUGAACAGCGGCAAAAGCGAGCAAGAGCUCAACCCGGCCGAGGCGAAUUUGCAAGAGGAAGAGCCUGUGGGUUUCGUUAGCUUUGAUAGUCGCUCAGAAGCAGAAGCUGCUAAGAAUGCCUUGAAUGGAAUUCGUUUUGACCCAGAAAUCCCUCAGACGCUCCGACUAGAGUUUGCAAAGGCCAAUACGAAGAUGGCUAAGAGCAAAUUAGUGGGAACUCCUAAUCCCAGCACUCCUGCCACCCCCAAUGCAGUACCUCAGUUCAUUACCAGAGAGCCAUAUGAACUCACAGUGCCUGCACUUUAUCCCAGUAGCCCUGAAGUGUGGGCGCCGUACCCUCUCUACCCAGCGGAGUUAGCACCUGCUCUACCUCCGCCUGCUUUCACCUACCCUGCUUCACUGCAUGCCCAGAUCCGCUGGUUCCCUCCCUCAGAGGCUACUUCUCAGGGCUGGAAGUCCCGUCAGUUCUGCUGAAUCCUGUGUAUCAGGUGUGUGAUGGCGGCUACACUCUGUCUUGUGGGUAUUAAUGCAUUCUUCCAAAAUCGCUACUGAUGUCUUACCUUCAUCUUCCAAAUUGCAGUGUGGUCGGCUUAAAAUAAAACCUCACACAAGCGUGGAUUCCUUCAAGACUUUGCCACAGCCUCUAUCACACAUCUUCUUAAAAAUAAAAUAGAAAGUAUUGAAUAAUAAUGGUAAUGAUAAAAAUGCCAUAUCCAGUCUAAACAUCUGGCUGACUACGUGAUGAACCAUAAUAAUAAUAUGUUCCUCUUCUACAUUGUAUAAAAGUUUAAGAGUUUAAAUUCUAUAAGCAUGAAUGAAUUUCUUGUUUGAAAAAAAUAUUUUCAAGCAGAGCAGCAAAGAGAAUAACUAUUUUUUAUACCAAGCAUUUUAAGUAAGAGGACUGUACCUUGGGUGGAAGAACUGAUUACUGUAUAUGUUUGAUUUUUAAAUAUGUAUAAUCUCUUUUCCUACCCUUUUAAGAUGCAUGUUCAAGGCAUGUUUUUAAAUCUGGUUCAGAUUUUUUUAAAAGUGUAUUGUUUGAAAUGCACAGACAUUUUGGUUAUCAGGUUUUGGAGCCUGAUAUGGUUGUUUUAAAUAUAUGAAGUGUAUUCCUGUAGCAGUUAUUUUCAUGUUUCGCCUAAUUGUGCCAAAUUAUAUUGAGCAAGACAAUCAGCAAUAUAAUAGCUUUUUCAUGAUUGUAACAGUUGGUGUGCUGUACAUUAGCGGUGCCUGAUCGCUAGUUCCUGCUGUAUUUUUUUUCUCUAUAUUUGGAUACGCAAUUGCGUGGAAAGAAGUAGUACACUGUAGAAAGUAGAAAAGCAAUUUCUAUUAUGAAUGAAAAUGUGCAGUCAUAAUUAUGAACAUUUCUGCAACUGUGUCUAUCAUAGUAUACUUCUCUUCAGACAAAUAUAUCUCAUGCAGUUGUGUGUAUUAUUUGGAAAAGGAAAAAGAAAAAAAAACCCUGGUAUUUGUGAGAACCCAUCCUGGAUGACCAAGCUACCCAGGAAGUUAUUUACUCUAAAUCAAGUUUCUAACAUCUACUUUUAUAACAACUUAUACACUGUGUGUGUAUGUGUGGGUAUCUUUGGAAAGUAGUUUAGUUUUGUGAUUUCGUUCCGGAUAUAAAGUGAAUUGGUUCUGGUCAUUUAUUGCUAAUCAUAUUCUUGGGGAAGGUAAGGGCUGACUGGACCAUUGAUCCAGAAAACUGAACUUCAGUUGUUGAUCCCAGCAUCUCAUGCCUAUGAAAAAUGCCAAAGGUUUUUGCUGAAUCUGAUUCUAAUGAAAUGGCCAUCCUUGGGAUAUUUGCUUGCCAGCUAUUCUUGAUUUUUCCCAGGUAAUGUUUUCCUGAAAAUAAGACUCUGAAAUAUUUUUUGAACCCUGAAAUAAGAGCUUGGCCUUAUUGCCAUGCGCUCAAAAGCCGAUUGGGUUUAUUAUCAGGAGACGUCUUAUUUUGUGGAAAACAAGGUAUCAGUAGCAGGCAUAUGUAGUCAGCACCAAAUCUAUGCACUGAUGCCAGAUGGUGAUUUUUGAGGUGGCAGCAGUAGCAGCCCCAUGUAAAGAAUUGCCCUCAUGGCCAGAACUCCCUGCUGGGGAGAAAUCUUCAGGUGCCCACUUUAAAUAGCUAUUCAACUUCACUUACUGUAUGUUUGUGCUUUUGGGAAAAAAAAGAGGAUAGAUAAAACUGCCUCUCUAGGAACAGAGCAAUACUGGGAAUGAUUUCAGGCACAGCGUGCCAAGGAAAAGCUACUUCAAGCUUUCCACUUUCUUGAAGGGGUUUAUCUUUAGGAGCCAGAUAACAGCUGUAGCCAUAUGACAUUACCCAGUCUAGGUGGACUUUAGUGCUACAAUGGGACUCUGGAACAUUGUGUAUUUAUUUUUUUUUGAAAAAAGAGUUGUUUUCUUUCUAUUGAAGAAAACUCUCCCACAGAUCAGUUUUAGCUCAGGUGUAACUCACAAAUUCAUCUGUAGCCAAAGGGUGCACCCAGGGGUGAAAUGCUCCCAGUUUGGACCGGAUUGGGCGAGUAGGUAGCAGAGAUUGGUGCUGGUUCACCAAACCGGGAGCAAUGGUUAGCUGGCCACGCCCCCAAACUGGUCCAUGGCCCACAGUCCUGCCAUGCUUGCCUGCCUUCCACGCUGCGUUCCACGCUGCCUUCCCGGUGUCCAGCUUGUGAAGACAGGCAAGCGGAAGCCCAUGUGGUAGGCAGGCAAGCAUGGCAGGGCUGCGGGAAAGGAGCUAGCAGCUUACUCCCCCCCCCCACUCAAGCAGUGGCUUCCCUGCUCAGCCCUGACAAGCUAUGCAUCCAUAACAAUGGGAAUGUUUUGUUCGCUGCGGUGGUGCUUCCGGAGGGCAGGUGGACAUAUUCAUUAUAGUUGUCAGCUGCAGACAUCUGCCUGACUUCCCAAAGCACCACCACGGCUAACAAAACAACCCCAUUGCGCCAAACACGCCCAGCCAUGCGUGCCCUUUCCUCAAAUGGGCUACCAUCUCACAGUUCUCCUCGCCCCCACCCCACUCAAGCAGCAGCAUUUCUUCUCUGCUUCUCUCGGGAUGCUAGUAUGGGUACUAUGGAUUCAUAGCUUGUUGGGGCUGAG